GAGAUCACUUUCCGGCAGUGUGGCGGAUCCCCGCCGUCUGAUGCUCACCCGGGCCUUGGGCUGCGGGGAGGUGGAGGGUUCGAGUCCCGCCUGAGGGAUGAGCCUGUUCGACCUUUUCCGGGGCUUCUUCGGAUUCCCGGGGCCUCAGAGACCCAGGGAUCCUUUCUUUGGAGGAAUGACCAGAGAAGAGGAAGAUGAAGAUGAGGAGGAAGAAGAAGGAGGAGGAGGCUCCUGGGGCUCCAGGUUUGGAGGUCCCAGGUCCCCCGAGGACUUCACUUUUGGCUUUAGUUUUGGCCCCGGAGAUGAGAUGCGUUUCCACGAUAACUUUGGCUUUGACGAACUGAUUCGGGAUUUCAACCGUAUUUUCGGAGACAUGGGCGCCUGGACCCUGCCCUCCCGUCCCCCUGAGCUCCCGGGCCCGGAGCCAGAGACCCCAAAUGAGAGGCGGAGGGAGGGGGAGACCAUCCGGGAUUCGAUGCUCAAGUACCCAGAUAGUCACCAGGCUAGGAUUUUCAGCCGGGACUCGGAGAGUGACCGGGAACACUCAUCUCCCAAAGUGGUCCCAGACUGGGACUCCCGGAGGCCUUUCCGUGGGUUUGAUGACGUGUGGCCAGUGACCCCUGAUGCUGCAGCCAGAGAGGACAAGGAUCUUGAUUCCCAGGUCUCAGAGGAGGGCCUGGGUCAAGUCCUACAGCCACAGCCUAAGUCGUACUUCAGAAGCGUCUCGGUUACCAAAAUAACUGGACCAGAUGGGACGGUAGAGGAGCGGCGCACCGUUGUGGAUAGUGAGGGCCUCAAAGAAACCACAGUAACUCGUCGAGAAGCAGAUGGCAGUUCUAGAGAUGAUGUGGGCACUCCACGGCCUCCAGAGUUGGGGGACCGCCCUUCCAUCCUGGAUUCAUUCCUAGGACGAUGGUUCCGGUCUUGGUAGCCCAAGUUGACUUCAUAGAGGACUCCAUCCCUCCCCUCCUUGCCCUACUCAUUACCAUCUGGGUUCCUGACAUCACUAGCCCCCUCAGCUGAUCUUCCUGCCACAGUGAGGGUAUUGGGAUGGAGGGCGAGGAAAUGUGACAAGUAAAGAAAAAGGUACCCUCCACUUUUCCCCUCCCCCUUGCUGCCCCUCGAAUAAAAUCUUUAUUUAUGCUAUU